CGCGAAAGUCGAGGAGAAAUUCAAGCGCGGAUGAAAAGGCCAUAUUGCAGCCAUAUUCCAGUUGGGGAAUAUUUUUUGAAAAGCGCAGGCGUGCAACGGUUUUUAUUCGUCUCGUCGUGGUUCGCUUGGUUAUUUUUUUCGAGUGUGGUGGCUUAGUGAAAAUAUACAAAUUUUACACUGAAUUGUUAUUUUUGUGCAAAUUAAUUUAACGAUGCAAUAACAACAACAACAAGGGCGUACAACUAAAGAGUCAACAGCAAUUACAAGGCACUCUAUAAGUUAGAGGAAGAGAUCCCCAUCAGAAUGUCGGCUGCCACGCACAUGGCCUUGCCGGCUCACUCCAUUGUCCCGCCACCCCCUGGAACGCCACCUGUGAUUACCGCUGGACCAGCUGGUGGCCCCCAUUCCCAUAACCCUUCCAAUUCUAAUGUGAAGCGCGGUCACAAGCGCAGUGUCUCGCUGGAGAAUAAUGCUCCUCUGGCCCUGCGUAGCACGCCCAGCCUGGGGCAGUCCUCGCUGGGAUCACCUCUGCUGCAGUUUGGCCAAGGGCUGAAUCCCGGCCAGCCUGCCUUUCACACGGGCACACUGAAGUCACGGCAGGAGCAGCGGCGUCUGAGCCAGAAAUUCGGCAGUCACAGCAAUCUCGAUGACGAGGGUGUGGGUUUAGGCCUGGGCCUGGGCUUGGGCUUGGGUGUGGGCCUGCAGAUGCGCAGCAAGUUCCAGAAUAUACGUCAGAUGUUCGAGCUGAGUCGCAGUUGUGUGGGUAAUGGCGGCGGCAGUUCCGGUUCCGGUGGCGGUUCCGAGGAGGAGGCAAUGCAAUCUUUGCCAGCCACGUUGCAGCCACAGCAGCAGCAGCAGCAGCAAAGGCGGACCACGCCCAUUGCCAGCGGAAGUCGGGCGCAGCAGCAGCAGCAACAGCAACAACUGGGCGAGGCGGAACAGACCAGCAGCGGCAACUUUCUGCGACCAAUAGCCUUCAAGCCCAUACCAUUUGAGCCGGAUUAUCGCAUUGCCUGUCAGCAGCAGCAACAGCACCAGCAACAGUUGCAAUUGCAGCAGCAACAGCAACAGCAACACCAGCAGCAACAACAGCAGCAGCAGCAAUUGCAGUUGCAGCAGCCACACCACCAGCAACAUCAAUCGCUGCAGCUGCCAUCGUCAGAGGGUUCCGCUGGUGGAACGGAGCGUUAUGGCUAUGGAUCAACACCAUCGCUGGCCCCCCUGCCGCCGGCAGCCAGCCAGAAGUUUGGCAGCACCACAGAUCUGCGUCAUCUGGCCGCCCGGCGUCGCAACCAUCGCCUCCUGCAACGCUCCAGCAAUGAGGAUGCCCUAACACUGGACCUACUAAGUCCAGGUGGUGGCCAUGACAGACCCGAUGGAGCCAGCAGCAAAAGCAGCGGCGGUGGCACAGUGGUGGGCAGCAGCGACCUGACGCCCUCACCCUCGGACUCCGGCAUCUCGGAGCUGGAGGCGGCCCUCAAGGAUCGCGACUCGGAGCUCUCGUACCUGCGGCAGGCCAUGGAGCACAAUGAGAAAGACAAGGAGGUCUACUGGGAGCACGAGACCCAGCGCUUGAGGCUCUUCUAUGAGGGCCAGCAAAGAGAGUGCCAGCUGAAGCUGCGCAAAAUGGAGCAGCUACUGGGACUGCAGCAGUUCCAGCUGAAGCAGCACAAGCUGCGCCAGUCGGAGCAGGUGAGCCGGCUGCAGCAGCAAUUGGAUCAGGCUAGGGAUACCAGCCUGAGUCUGCAGCAGCAGGUGGAUGCUUUGAGGUCCCAGUUGGAGGACAGCGAGUGGCGGGUGUGUGAGCGUAAUGGAGAGAUAGCUUUACUCAAGACGCAGCUCAAGGAGGCGCAUCUGGAAAUCAAUGUGAAGGAUCAUGCUAUUGUGAGCCUGAAGCACAGCAGCAGCAACAACAGAAAUAGCAGCAGCAGCAGCAGCAACAACUGUGAGACAUCGAAAAGCCAAAGUCAACCAAAGCAGCAGGUGAAGGAGGAACAUCAGCAGCAACAACAUCAGCAGCAGCAACAACAUUCUCCAGAAUUAAGCCAACAUCAACAGCAACAGCAACACCAGCAGCAACAACAGCAGCAACAUCAACAAGAGCAACUUCAACAACAGCAACUUCAACAACAGCAGCAACAUCAACAGCACCAACAACUUCAACAACAUCAACCCAAGUCACAGCCCGACCAGCGACAAUUGCAAAAGAUCAUCACCCUGAAGGAUCAGGUCAUUGGAGCUUUGACCAGCGAACUGGCCAAGCUGCGCAAGGAACUCUCCGAUCUGGCCAUUGCCCAUGAAUAUGGCGAAGAGCCAUGUGGUCGCUAUACACGUCUCAAGCAGCAGUUGGACAAUCUCAAUGAGAUUUGCCAAAAGACAAGGAAAUACACCAACACCACCACGACAACACCAUCGUCGCCGCCAGAGGUGCCGCCCAAGCUGGAUCUUCUGGUGCAGCGAUUGCAGUUGGAUCAGGGACAGGUGCCGCAGCAAACGCUGGACACGCUCAUCGAGGAGUCUACGACAUAUGCCGAGGACAUAGCCAAGUUGAGACAGAAAUUAGACGAUUUUCGGCUGAAUUUGGAGCUGGAGAAGCGUCAGUGGUGUGCGGAGAAGGACAAGGUCCUGGGCUAUCAGAAGCAGCUGCAGGCUCACUAUAUACACAUGUACCAGAAGUUAAGAUGCCUGGACACGCAGGGAACAGCAAUGGCAGGAGCUGCUGGAGGUGAGGUUGGUAAUGGGAAGGGAUUGGAGUGAGUGGAGAAAUAGCUAGAGCUAGUGGUUUGAGGUCACUAGCUAAAGGUAACUGAAUAUUAAAAUGAAUGAAUAUACUCUGAAAAAAAUAUAAAUAAAUACAAACGAAAUAUAGAACCUUCCACGAGUUAGAAGAGAUUAAAAAAUUACUAGUAAUGGUGCCUAAAAUAAACCUAGAACCUUUGAUAAUGUACCUAAAGCAAAUAAAUUUAUAUAUCAAAUAAUAUUGGAAAUUCUUUUAGACACCUUAAAAAGUUAUUUAAAAUUUAAAGGUUUCCUAUACAAUUUGGCUUAGAACUUUCUUGAGAAAGAAAGGAUUUAAAAAAGGACAUAUUUACAGGAAACCUUAAACCUUAAACCUUAAACUUACCUGACUUAAGCCAAGGGCUGCCUUGACCUCCUGCUAUGAUCCUUCCCUCGGCGAUAAAUAAUACACGAUUUUUUAAAUAUUUUUACAAAAUAUGCAUAUUUAAUUUUUUUUGUUUUUAAUAUUUUACAAAUAUAUAUAUAUCAAUAUAUAUAUGUAUGUAUACUUUUAAUUUAUGAAAUGUAAUUACGCACGAGAGAAAAAAAACCUUUGUGAUUCCGCAUACGUGAAUAAAAUAAUAAUAAUAUAUAUAUAUAUAUAAUAUGUCGUUCCAUUAUGCAAUAAAAAAUUAUGUAGUAACAAUAUACUUUUUAUUGAUGAGGGCCAUAAGUCAGAGCUAAAAUAAUGGGCUAAUGACUCAGCUGGGCUUUAUAAUAUAAUAUAUUAAUAUAAAUGGUAAUUGGUAAUUGGUAGUUAACAAAUAUGUAAAAAAAAAAUUAGGUAAAAUAAAAUUAAAUACAAUCUUUUAUCAUAGAUUACUUCGUAGGCUUAAUGCAGAGGCCUGUCCUGGGAUCAGCAGUUUGUCAGCGGCAGGAUAAUAAUUAAACAUAUAUAUAUACUAAAGGAGGUCGAUUUGUUUGAUACAAUAUAUAUAGUGCUUUUUUUUUAACAAAUCAUUAAGUGAUGAAAUAAUUCUUACAGCUGUAAAGUUGGUAAAUGAUUAAUUCUUUAAAUGAAAAUUAUUCUUGAAUAUAUAGGUCAAUUCUUAUCCCAUUUUUCCUUUAACCCUCCUCUUUUUUAUAUAUUUUUUAAUAUUUUUGAACAACUUUUGCUCUUUACAAAAAUAUUUAGUAUACAUUUAACCAUUUACUAAUGAAAGAUUUCAAGUAGUUCUCCAAAAUAAUCAACUAAAUAUUUUCAUUUUUCAUAAACCAAAGUUUUUUUUUAACAAAAAUGAAAUAUUUUGUGUUUUUCGUUUGUUUUUCUUUUCGUUUG